AUGAUUGAUCAGCGCCAUGAUAUCGCCUCCACCGAUGACGCUAUAAAAUGGUGGAAGCAAUCGUCUUCAAAUAAUGGAAACCAAAAUGGGGAGAUCGUUGUGGAAGGGAAAGAAACUCUGAAACCGAAUCGAAAAGUACCGCUGACAACAGGGGCAGCCAUAGCCCUCUCAAUUCUUUGCAUCGCUUUAAUGCUGCCCGGAGCUGAACUGACAAUCCCAAGCCAAAAAGAAAAAUCGCAUUCGAUGAUGUUCUCACUGAAUACGAAUCAAUUCCAGGAGUCAACUCAACAAGGUAUAUCUGCUAUUCCUGAAAAUCAGAAUUACAAAUCUAUGACCAAAACCAAUCCUCAUUUUUAG